GGUGGCGAGCAGUUUCGAGCGAGAGAUCAGUUGGACUUUUGCGACGGGGCGACGCGCAUGUUUAUAAAGUCGUUUCGCUGCGCGUGGGUAAAUGUUUGCCUAACUCUCGGUUUCCAUUCCGAGCCCACUCUACUGGCCAGACCACUUCACGUUAAUCCGGCUAACCGAGUGUCAGGCCCAGUCUUUGACAAUCACCGCAUGGGAGCAGAGGAUAUCCGGACAACCCACUGGCCACGUAAUCAAUCACUUUAUGGACUAAUAGCCGACAGCCCCCCAGAAAAAUGCACAAGGCCAUUAAAAACAAAUCCAGGUUGCUAUGUGGGCUCAAGAACUCCAAGGCAGAUCUGACGACGGCAAAGUUUAUACUUUACUAUGGACCCACGGUAGCUGAUAGCGAUAUCUAUGACCUAACCGACUUCCAAAGUCUUUUGGAGGAUGAGCACUUGGACUUGGGCAAGAAUACAGUUCUCUAUUUGCAUGGCUACCUGGAGGAUCCGGAUGUGGAGAGCAUUCACGUCAUAGCCGAGGCCUAUCUGGAGCGAAAGGAUACCAACCUUAUUGUUCUGGAUUGGGGCGAACUGGCCGAUGGCAACUACAUGUUCGAUGCCUUUCCCAACCUCAAGCAAUUGGGCCCUGAGUUGGCCAAGGUCCUGAUUCAAAUGUUCGACCACGGCCUGGAUAUUGACAAGUUUCACAUAGUUGGACAUUCGAUGGGUGGCCAAUUGGCCGGAAUCCUUGGCCGCGAGAUAAUUAAGCGCACCAAGGGCGUUCGAAAGCUGAGAAGAAUAUCCGCCCUGGAUCCUGCCUUUCCACUCUUCUAUCCGGGGUCCCAUUUGUCUGCCAGCGAUGCGGAGUUCGUGGACGUGAUACACACGGAUGCCUGGCUAUAUGGAGCUCCGACGAGCACUGGCACGGCGGACUUCUGGCCCAACGGUGGCAACAGCCUACAGCCGGGCUGUCCCAAGAGGAACUACAAGAUGCUCAGUGACAACGACCUGUCCAGCCAUCGACGAAGCUGGUGGUUCUGGGCCGAGAGUGUCUCGGAUCGGUAUCCCAUUGGAUUCGAUGCUGUGCCUGCGAAGAAAUGGUCGGACUUUAAGCAAAACAAAACUUCAGAGACAUGCCCGCCGGUGGUGAUGGGUCAUCAUUGCCCAAGGACAAUACAUGGCGACUUUUACUUACAAACCAACGGACAAACACCUUUCGCUCGAGGCAAAGAGGGUGCCGUGUACGUUGACCCCAAGGAGCUGCUAGGAAAUACCCACAGUAACACCUGCGAUUGCCCUCCGCCACAUUCGAAUUAAUUAGUCCAUUAACAAUUGCACUGUGUACAUUUCAAAUGUAGCUAAAUUAAUGUUGUUUUCCUUUCUAUUCGCUUUACAUAACACAUGCUUUACUUAAAUUUUGUUGUUGACUAAAAUAUAUUAUCGAAAUAGA